AUGUCAAAUAAUAUUCAUGUAUUUGAAAAGUUCAAAGAUGUUGAUAGGAAAUUCAAGUCAUCCUUGAUUAAUGAUGUUCAAGGAAUGCUAAAUUUGGGUGAGGCAGCACACUUCGCUAUUCAUGGCGAAGAUAUUCUGGAUGAAGCCCUCGCUUUUACAGCCACUCAGCUUAAGUCAAUGGCAUCUCGUGUAAGCACUCACCUUGCAGAAGAAAUAAAUCAUACUUUGAAAUUUUCUUUCCGUAAGAGCGUACCAAGGCUUGAGGCAAGAUUUUUCAUGUCCACCUAUGCAAGAGAUGAUUCUCACAAUAAAACUUUGCUUAAAUUUGCGAAGUUGGACUAUAACAUACUUCAACUGAGGCACCGGAAGCAACUCAGUGAUAUCUUAAAAUGGGACAUUGGCGCCAUAGAUAUGCUUCCAGAUUACAUGAAAUUUAUUUAUAAGACACUCUUAGAUUUUUUACCUGAAAUGGAGGAAGUUAGGAGUAAGGAAGAGCAGACAGCGUAG